ACUUCCCUGGCUGCUCCUAGGCGCCCGGCUAGCCGCCAUCUUGUAUUGGGGCUUCAUUGUUCCCGCUGGGCCGGGCGGUUUAGUGUAAUUGCCGCGGGAGAAGGAGGCGGAGUAACCUCUGGUCAGCCGAGAAACCCCGCUAUCCCGUAGCCAUAACCGCUCAAACGAUUUGGGAGGUAGUGAAGGGCAGGGAGUUGGACCCGGAGGCGGCGCCGCGACAGCAGCAGCCAUGGAGGACGAGAUGCCCAAGACUCUAUACGUCGGUAACCUUUCCAGAGAUGUGACAGAAGCUCUAAUUCUGCAACUCUUUAGCCAGAUUGGACCUUGUAAAAACUGCAAAAUGAUUAUGGAUACAGCUGGAAAUGAUCCCUAUUGUUUUGUGGAGUUUCAUGAGCAUCGUCAUGCAGCCGCAGCAUUAGCUGCUAUGAAUGGACGGAAGAUAAUGGGUAAGGAAGUCAAAGUGAAUUGGGCAACAACCCCCAGCAGUCAAAAGAAAGAUACAAGCAGUAGUACCGUUGUCAGCACACAGCGUUCACAAGAUCAUUUCCAUGUCUUUGUUGGUGAUCUCAGUCCAGAAAUUACAACUGAAGAUAUAAAAGCUGCUUUUGCACCAUUUGGAAGAAUAUCAGAUGCCCGAGUGGUAAAAGACAUGGCAACAGGAAAGUCUAAGGGAUAUGGCUUUGUCUCCUUUUUCAACAAAUGGGAUGCUGAAAACGCCAUUCAACAGAUGGGUGGCCAGUGGCUUGGUGGAAGACAAAUCAGAACUAACUGGGCAACCCGAAAGCCUCCCGCUCCAAAGAGUACAUAUGAGUCAAAUACCAAACAGCUAUCAUAUGAUGAGGUUGUAAAUCAGUCUAGUCCAAGCAACUGUACUGUAUACUGUGGAGGUGUUACUUCUGGGCUAACAGAACAACUAAUGCGUCAGACUUUUUCACCAUUUGGACAAAUAAUGGAAAUUCGAGUCUUUCCAGAUAAAGGAUAUUCGUUUGUUCGGUUCAAUUCCCAUGAAAGUGCAGCACAUGCAAUUGUUUCUGUUAAUGGUACUACCAUUGAAGGUCAUGUUGUGAAAUGCUAUUGGGGCAAAGAAACUCUUGAUAUGAUAAAUCCCGUGCAACAGCAGAAUCAAAUUGGAUAUCCACAACCUUAUGGCCAGUGGGGUCAGUGGUAUGGAAAUGCACAACAAAUUGGCCAGUAUAUGCCUAAUGGUUGGCAAGUUCCUGCAUAUGGAAUGUAUGGCCAGGCAUGGAACCAGCAAGGAUUUAAUCAGACACAGUCUUCUGCACCAUGGAUGGGACCAAAUUAUGGAGUGCAACCGCCUCAAGGGCAAAAUGGCAGCAUGUUGCCCAGUCAGCCUUCUGGGUAUCGAGUGGCAGGGUAUGAAACCCAGUGAAAAAGGACUCCAGAAUCUAAAGCCAGUGGCUUGAGGCUACAGGGAGUGUAGUAAAGCCGUUGUUUACUUAAAGAUUUAUCAAAUCAGUCAGUGCAAAUGUCAGAUACAAUGUAUUUAUUUAAAAGAUUCAUUUUUAAUCAUGAAAUUACUUAUCAUCCACAUUGUUUUAAAAAGAAACAAGAUGCUGGAUGUCUGCCAAUUUUUGCCUUCAUUACCUUUUUUGAUAAAGUUUCUCAGAUCCUUGUUUCAAACACAAAUGCAGGGAUUGCUGCCACUUUUUAACUAUUAAGAGGCAGAAAAUUGCACAAUAUUGAACUUUUUUCCACUAAAGUAGUGUGCAGUUAUAGUUUGCAUUCCUGAUAUGAUUUAAAACAUGUAAUAUAAAGAUGUUAAAAAAAAAAAAAACUGUGCAGAGUCUAGAAGUUCUCUGUCAUCUUCAGCUUGUGCACAAUUCUGUUUUAGGUUUAAAAAAAAAGGCAUUGUUUGAGCUGUCCCAUCUCCACUGUUAUCCCUUUGUGGUUUUUUAAUAUAAAUUAUUAGUUUAUGUCAUUUUUGUAUCUACAUCUUUUUUCACAAAUUUGUCUUGCCUUAUUAAAGUUCUGUAAAAUAUACUUAAAUGGAAAAAAUGAUGUUCAUUUAGAUUGAAAACUUUUCUCAGAUGGAUUGAUAAUUGCAUUCAUCUUAUGUUUUAUAUGAGAAGGUGCCUCAAGAAUUCCCUGUUGGAUUUGUUUAAAAGAAUUUUUAUCUUCUGUGAUAAACUUUGCUGUGUACCAGGAACUAUAAAAACAAAAACUUGUUACUAAAGAAAAUAUCUGAAAUGUGAUAAGUUCUUAUGCCAUGUUAAUUUCAUGUGUCAACUUCAACAUUUACAUGUAUUACUUCAUUAUGUAAAAUGUUUCAGCAAUUUAAUAUUUUGCACAGUUAGCAAACUUUGUAUGUCAUUUCCUUCAAGGUAUCAUGCAGAGUUUACAUGAAAUUUAUAAGGUUUUAAGUUGUUUGCAUGUGAAAAUCAAAUACAUACUUUGGUAGUCUUUGAAUACAAAGUCAUCUGCUCUUGUUUUUCAAGAAUUUUGAGACACAAAGUUGUAUGUAAAGGAAUAUAUUUGCCGUUUUAUAGGUAGAUUUGCUCAAAAAGAGUGAAUCAACUUAACAUGUACAAAUGAUAGCUGUGAAACUGUAGAAUAUCUGUGUGUCAGGCUUGGAGUUCAUUGUGACCUCCAAAUUUUGCCUGAAGGACCAGCUGGGCAAAGCAUUUUUUAAAUGUUCAGAGGCCAAAAGAUAAACAAACAAAAAAACACUUAAAAUCCUACCUCUUUAAACAGCCUUCAAAUAAGAAUCCUCAGUGCAAUCAUUAUUUUGAUUCUUUUGGUACCUGUUUUCCUGGAGUUCCCAAUUUUAUUAUUUUGGAGUGGCUCCAAGCAUUAAGAGGUUUAAUCUUUAUGGCAUUGUUCUAGUUUUGAAAUUUCUAUUGUAUUUCAGAGUCUCUUAGAAAACUUGUGUGGGAAGUUUCAUUUUGUUUUUGGUGAAGGUCACAAACCUCCUUCUUCCUUGACUCAGAGAGGAAAGGUCCCAGUAUAUAUAUUUGAAUGGUCAGUGGUUUUCAAGACCUUCAGAGAGCUCCCUGCAUUUUACCUAGAAACAGAAAAGGCCUGCAAAAUCUUAAGUUUCCUGGCCUGCAUUUUCCAGGUAGGGGCAAAUGACUCCAAGCUGGUCUCUAAGCCAAUACCCUUGUAAACCAGAGUCCAGGAAAGAUAGCUCAAGUGUGUAAUUCUCUGGAGCUCAAUUCUAUGCAGUUGUGCUAUUUCAUUAAGUCACUGUGUAUUUUUAAGUGUUGAUACAUUAAAAGUCGCUUUAUGGAAGAUGAGUAAAUUUUUUAAAUACUUGGAAAUUUUAUUUCCUUAUUAACUUCUACAGAUCAGGGCAUGCAACCAAAAGCAGCUUAAAUGAAAUAUUUAAAAAAAUAAAAUAUCAGGAAGCUAUUUUUAGAUUUCUUCUGGCUUAUGUUUCUAUUUUAGGACCCUCAUUUUUCUCUUAUUAAAAAAAAAUUAUUUCCUGUACAUCUCAUGGACUGCAGGGUAAAUUAUUUGGGCAUAAAUAAUUUAAAUAGUUUUCUUUCAUUUUGACUAUCUCCAGUAACAACAGUUUUUAUUAGCCAGCAUAUUGGCUUAUUGCACAAAUCUUAAAAUGUACAUUGACUACUUUUUGAGAAGAAAGUGGUAUCAGUACUCGCGAUGAAAAGGUUACUACUGAACAAAUUCACAUUUCAGGAACACCUAUCUAUCUUUGGUUUAAAUCUUACUCUUAGUUUUUCAGUCUAAAAAUCAUACUGGUAUUAGUAUCAGGUAAGGAAACUAAAAGUUUUUUAAAUGGUUUCAUUCUCUGCAAUAUGCAAAAUUUAGAUUUUACUUUCUGGUACUGUAAAGAACCUGAAGUGAUUCACACUUAAUGGGUCAUUAAUCCAGUAUUCUUUACCCUGAAUGUUUGGAUAUUAAAGUUCCUUUAUGUUUUCUAUAA